AUGUCUUCUAACCAGUACGAUUCUCAGGCUUCCACCAACUACAAGGAGGCCUUUGCUCUCUUUGACAAGCGCGGCAAUGGCAGGGUGACUGUAGACAGCUUGGGUGAUUUGCUCCGAGCCUGUGGCCAGAACCCCACCUUGUCCGAGAUCAAGGACCUCGAGCAGAAUGCCGGUAGCGAAUUCGAUUUCGAGACAUUCCAGCGCAUUCUGAACCGCCCUGGCGGUUUCCGCGACCCUGGCGAGCCCGAAGAAUAUUGCCGCGGCUUCCAAGUGUUUGACAAGGAUAUGACUGGAUUUAUCGGCGUUGGUCAGAUCAAGUACAUCUUGACGAACCUUGGCGAGAAGAUGUCAGAGGAUGAGGUUGAUGAGUUGCUCAAGGCUGUGGACACCAGUUCUGGCCAAGUAAACUACACCGACCUUGUCCGAACCAUCCUCGCCAACUAG